AAAAGUAAAGAAUCAUUGAAAUAAAAAAGAAAAAAUACAAAAAGAAAAAGAAAAAGAUCAAAUUGGAAAUGUAAUUCGAUUGUAUUAAACAUUAAGUUAAAGAAAUGUUGAUUAUUAUGUUCUGAAUUGUAUAUCUUAUAUACAAUAUGAUAUAUACACGCAUACACACUCAUACACAUUUACAAUAUGUUCAUUUUACAUCAUUUGGAAUAAAAAGGAUUUGUCGGAUAAAUAUUUUUUAAGAUAUAAUUUCAAGCAACUUCAAUGUACGCAAUCAUAUUUGUGUGUUAAAAAAAAAAAAAAAGAAAGAAAGAAAGAAAGAAAGAAAAAAGAGAAAGAAAAAAAAAAGAAAGAUAUAUUUUAGUUAAUAACCUUUGUAAGCUCUUUCUCAACGUUAUCUUUAACGAGGUCAGAUUCGAGACGAGUACCACGUAAUUGCAAAAAUUCACCAGCUAUAGAUUCGGGAACAGUUAUAACCGAUAGAGAUUGUUUCACUCUACGUCUUUCCCCUUCUAAUAAUGUUAUUUCUUCGGUAAUAUUUUGAAGCGCAUUAUCUAAUUCUAAUUUCCAUCGAUAAACAACAUUUGCUCGUGUCCUUAAAUGUUCCGUUGUUUCUAAUUGGACUUUAUCAGCUUCUCUGUAUACUCUCUCAAUACAUUGUUUUGCAGCAAAAGUAGCAUGUCUAAAAUAAAUAUUUUUCAUUGUUAUUUUUCAUAUUAUUUUAUCUAUAUUUUUUUUUUUUUUUUCUUAUCUCGUAAAACUGUCUAUUCAUCAUCAUAAACACAGUGUAAAAUAUUGCACUUUUAUCUGGAAAUAACAAUUAUCUUACAAUAGUUAUAGACAAAAUUCAUACAGAUAACAAUCUAUUAUAUAUAAGCGUGCCUUUAAAGUAAAAUAUAAUCUUAUACUUCUAUUUACUCAAGUGUAUAGUAUUUAAGAUCUUUAUAGAAUAACGAUCUGCAACAGGUCGUAAACCUGUUAUACCAGCCUGUGGAGUAUAUGUAACUUGACCUGUUGCCCAUGGAGUAGUUGCAUCCAUUGGUCCUUCAUCUUUCAUUGGAAGUUCAUCUCCUGGUUGAGUGGUAUUCGUCGAAUUAAGCAUCAAAAGAAAUUAAUGAUAUAAAGUAUAUAAUCAUGUCGAUUUCGAAAGUCAAUAUUAAAUAUACUCAGUUGUUCAUUAACAAUGAGUUUGUGAAUGCUGAAAGUGGAAAAAAAUUUUCGACCAUAAAUCCUGCUAAUGGGGAAGUAAUCGCUCAAAUUUCUGAAGGUGAUGAGGCUGAUGUUAAUAAAGCUGUAGCAGCUGCAAAAAAAGCAUUUUCAAGAUGUUCAGAAUGGAGAACAAUGGAUGCAUCACUCAGAGGAAAGCUUAUACACAAAUUUACGGAUCUUGUACAGCGAGAUUUAAAUUACAUAGCAAGUCUUGACACAAUUGAUAAUGGAAAAACAUAUGCUGAUGCUGUUAAUGAUAUAAAAUUUAGCAUAGAUGUGCUUCGUUAUUACGCUGGAUGGUCUGAUAAAAUACAUGGUCAAACUAUUCCUGCAGAUGGUUCUUCUAUUGUAUUUACACGUAAGGAACCAGUAGGAGUCGUUGGUCAAAUCAUCCCAUGGAAUUAUCCAUUUAUGAUGUUAGCAUGGAAAUUUGCUAUGGCUUUAGCUGCAGGUUGUACCAUUGUUCUGAAACCAGCUGAACAAACCCCAUUAAGUGCUUUGUAUGCAGCUGCAUUAAUCAAAGAGGCAGGAUUCCCACCUGGUGUUGUUAAUAUUAUUACAGGAUAUGGACAAACGGCAGGAGCUGCUAUAGCUAAACAUCCAGAUAUUAACAAAGUCACUUUCACAGGAUCAGUUGAAGUUGGCCAUCUUAUCAUGGAAGCUUCUGCCAAAAGUAAUCUCAAACGAGUGAGUCUUGAAUUAGGUGGUAAAAGUCCGCUUGUUAUCUUCGAUGACUUUGAUGUUAAGGAAGCUGCUGCGAUAGCCCAUGAUGCUAUAUUUGCAAAUCAUGGUCAGAGUUGUUGUGCAGGGUCACGUACGUUUGUACAAUCAAAGAUAUACGAUGAAUUUGUAGAUUAUGCAAAACAAUUAGCUCUUAAAGUAAAACUUGGAGAUCCCUUUAAUUCUGAAACAAAACAGGGACCACAAGUUGAUGAAAAGAUGUUUAAUAAAGUUCUGCAUUUUAUAAAAUCUGGAAAAGAGGAAGGAGCUGUAUUGGAAACAGGUGGCGAACGUUAUGGUAAUGUUGGCUUUUUUAUAAAGCCUACCAUUUUUUCCAAUGUAACGGAUAAAAUGAAAAUUGCUACUGAAGAAAUUUUCGGUCCGGUACAAUGUAUUUUGAAGUUUGAUACUAUGGAAGAAGUUAUUGAACGUGCUAAUAAAACUACGUAUGGUCUUGCUGCUGGUAUAUUAACUAAUAAUAUUGAUAAAGCAAUAACAUUUGCAAAGGCAGUGGAAGCUGGAAGUAUUUGGGUGAAUCAUUAUGAUGUUAUAACACCACAAACACCAUUCGGUGGAUACAAAAAGUCAGGAAUAGGACGUGAAAUGGGAGAAGAAGGUUUAAAAGAAUACCUUGAAACUAAAACAAUUUCUAUUAGAGUGCCAACAUGUAAUUAAAUAAUAUUAUAUAUAUAUAUAUAUAUGUAUGUAAAGCAUAACAAUUAAAUCUUGAAAUGUUGUUUUUUUUGGUAUUGAUUUUUAAUUAGACAUAAACAAAACAAUAAUUAGAUUUAUAUGGUUUAUAUGGUGUAUAAAUAUUAUUGAAUAAAGUGCUUUUAAUAGCAACUUUUAUAAGUA